AGGGAACAAGGGGGGGCGGGGCUCAGGGAUUCUGCUCUCGGUUGGGGAGCACCCUGCCACCAUCCUCACAGCUGAGGAGGCGCCUGACAAUGUUCACAGCUCCCGACACUCUAAGAUGGAACUCGGUUUUCCAGUGGUCCCGAGGCAUUGCUGGCUCACAUUGGCGCCGAGUGGGGCUUGUGUCUACAUGAAACACUCGGCAGUUUCUCUCCAGCUCGCCCUAGCUGUCUCUAGAGACACUUAACUCAGCUGGCGUUUCAGCCCACCGUUUGCAAGAAUCGACAAGGAAGCCCACCCCUUGCGGGUGCUGGAUGGCUUCCUGCAGGUAGCCAAGGGCCACCGGUGGAUCCUUGCUUAAGCUCCUUUGAUUAAGACUUGCUGUGAGACAGCAGCCUCCUCCGUAACCACGGUAGCUGUGAGUUAGGUGCCGGGCACCUUGCCACCUGCCGUAGGUCCCCGAGUCCUCAGGAGCCCGCGAAGCACGUGCUCCUACGAUUACCCGUGUGGGGAAGCGGAGGCUCUGAAGGGAGGAGCCGGGCAGCUGGGCAUCAGCAGGGCAGAGGAGCCGGCCUCGGCAUCUCCUCGCAGAGCCCUCGCUUUCAUCCACUGGGCCGGGCGCCGGGAACCCAGGGUGGUGACGUAUUGGGUUUGGAGGCAUUUCGGGUUCGUGGAAAGCUCGGGAAGAUCCUCGAGCCCAUGACCAGAGUGGGGUGGGGGCAUCCGUGGAGGUGGCCGCGCAUGUGGCAAAAGUGUGCCGGAGGAGCUACCGUGCGUGGCCACCUCUUUGAUGCCGGGGCACCAGGCCGCAGGGCAGGAUGGCAGCGCUCACGGCCCGGGCACCAACCCGGACGGGGGCCCCAAGGAUGGUGGCGGUCAGAGGAUAGUGAGCUGCGCUGUGGGUGAAGGCCCAGGGCGACCACCCAUCCCGAGUGCCCAGGACACCCGGCUCGCAGAGCGGGGCUGGCCUGGGGGUCACACGUGCAGGUUGAGGAGCCGCCGGGGACGGCGGCCUGUCCUUCUCCUCUGUCCUCAGGAGCUCACCCAUUGCCUCUGCAGCCCCUACCCUGGGCCUCCUUGGACCAAUGGCAGGGCCUGCAGAGGGUCUGUUGGAGGACCAGCUGCCCGGCUUGUGAAGCUGCAGAGAGGACGGGGUGGCCGAGCCCUGGCCUGUGGAGCCCCGUCCUGGACGUUGCUCGUGCUUCAACGCACGGGUGCUGUGCAGGGCCCUGAAGGCCAGUGGACACAGAGGAGGAGCUCUGAGCCCGUGGGUCCCACAUGCGCCUGUGCGCGUCUGCCUGGCCCGGGGCUCCAGGACCAGAAGGCCGUGCGUGGUUUGCACGUGUGCUCGGCAUGAGAUUUUUUGCACCGGUGCACGAGUGUCAUCCUGCCCCCUGCGAUGACGGGCGUGGAGCGGAAGGCUGACAUGCCAACGGGCCAGCCCUUUAUUAGGUCACUUGAUGGCUGGCCUGUGAUGUCACCACCGAGCAACCGGAACCCUUUGUGGGGGGCCGAGCGCAGGGUGAGCCCAGGGAGCAGCCGGCCGCACUGCGCUGUCCCGUUUCCCUGAAGGAGGGACACACCACCCUCCGCAUGGCUGCGGACGAGAAGGGACCCGUGACGGGCUGGCCGCCCAGCUUCAGGAAGGCACCUCUCCCUCCCGACGCAGGGGCUCUGGCCCUUGGCUUGGGGACCUGUGGCCCCCUGGCAGACCCUCCUCUCGAUCUGGCCCAGCCAGUGCCCAUGCCCGCAGGGCUGCCCGACUUUGGGAUGCCGCUUAAAGAAGCCACUUCCCAGGAUCUGACCGAAGAGCCUUUGUGCAAAAGGCCGUGCCACAUCUGUGAGCCCCUGCCUUGGGGGGGAGGCCGCCUCCUCUCUGUCCCCUUUCCCAGGAAGCUGUGGACAAUCGUCAACAGUGAUCACUUUACAUCUGUUGGGUGGGACCCAGACGGGACUUGCAUAGGCAUCAACGAGCAGCUCUUUCAAAAGGAGGUUCUGGACAGGGACGGCCCGGAAAAGGUGUUUGUGACGGGCCGUAUGAAGAGCUUCGUCCGACAGCUUAAUCUCUAUGGAUUCAGCAAAUUGCGCCAGGACAAACACGCAGACAUCGGCCUGAGCAACUUCUUCAGUGGGGAGAGGCCCAUCUACAUGCUGGGCAAGUUCUACAGGUGCCCCCUGUUUAAGAGAGACUGCCCGCAGCUCCUGGAGAGGAUGAAGAGGAGAGUGGGCGUGAAAUCUGCAUCCCGGACGCUGGAGGGCCAGCUGGCCGCCCUGGGGUACCCCCUGGCGCCCACCACCUCGGAGCCUCCGGACGGCCUCGCACCCUCUCCUGCGGACACCCGGGGGACUCCAAGACACCCGGGAUGCCACCAUGCCUCGCCCCUGGCCGGGACUGACUCUGCCCACCCUGCGCCUCCCGGGAUGGCAGCCGAGCCCCCCGCGAUGGAUGCCAACGCCUGGCAGCCCGAGGGCGUGCGAGCUCAUGGCCCUCCAGCCCCUGUCCUGGCAGAGGUGGCCCUGCCUGAUGAGGUGCCCUGGCUCUGCUUCACCUGGCCUCCCUCCCAGGUGACUUUGCCUGGGCCCGUGCUGGCCUUGGCUGCCGCGCCCCCCCGGCUCCUCGGCCCGCCCCCCAGGCAGCUGCCAGCAGCCGUGCUGCUGCCUGUGUACCGCCACUGGACGCCCCUCGUGGCCGCCGGGCCCGCCGCCCCCCUGGCCUUGAUCCCUCAGCCCCCAAGCCCCUUCUGCUGCCACCCGGGAAGCUGCUGUUUCCCCAGAGCACCCGGUCCCUCCGGGCGGGCCCCCAGAGGACCCGGAGCCGGCAGCCUCUGUGCACAGAUAGGGGCGGGCACGCACUGA